AUGGGGAAGAAGAGCGGCUCUUCCUCUUCUUCCUGGCUCACCGCUGUUAAACGAGCUUUCCGAUCUCCGACCAAGAAAGAACAUAACAACAACAACAUCAAUGCUCACGGUAAUGAAGCUGAGGAAGACGAUGACAAGAAGAGAGAGAAGCGACGGUGGUUAUUCAGAAAAACAACGAAUCACGACUCUUCGGCAAAGACCACCGGCGUUGUAAAAGACGGGUCUGCUCCUAAACCUGUUGAAACGGCGGCGAUCAACACAAAUGCUUCAUCCUCUGUUUCAGAACAGAGAAACGCCGCACCACCACCGCACACCACCGUCUCCGUCGUAUCGGAACUUCCUCCGGAGACGGCGGAGCUACCAAGUAUCUCAAGCCGGAGUUACUCCGCGAGAGAAAGCUACGCAGCUAUCAUCAUCCAAACUUGUUUCAGAGGUUAUCUGGCAAGAAGAGCAUUAAGAGCAUUGAAAGGGUUAGUGAAGCUACAAGCACUAGUGAGAGGUCACAACGUUAGGAAACAAGCUAAGAUGACAUUACGUUGUAUGCAAGCUCUGGUCCGAGUCCAGUCUCGUGUCCUUGACCAACGUAAACGCUUGUCUCACGAUGGUACUCGCAAGUCUGCCUUCAGUGACACUCAAAGUGUUCUUGAAUCUCGUUUUCUUCAAGACAUUUCAGACAGAAGAUCCAUGUCAAGAGAAGGAAGUAGCAUUGCUGAAGAUUGGGAGGAGAGACCACAAACGAUUCAAGAAGUCAAAGCAAUGUUGCAAGAAAGACGAGACAAUAGUUUAUCAAAAGCCUUCUCGCAACCGAUUAGGAGAACGGGAGGUAGUCAAUCUAUAGGAGUAGAUGAAGAAGAGAGACCAAAAUGGUUAGACCGAUGGAUGUCAUCUAAACCAUGGGAUAAACGAGCUUCAACGGACCAAAGACCACCGAUUUACAAAACCGUUGAAAUGGAUACUUCCCAACCGUAUUUAACCCGUGCUCAUUCAAGAACCGGUGCUAGUCCAAGCCGUAGCCAAAGGCCUGAUACACCAUCAAGAACCAGCCACCAUUACAACCAUCAACAACAACACAGUUUCUCAUCAGCUACACCAUCUCCGGCUAAGUCCAGACCGAUACAAAUCCGGUCCGCGAGUCCACGGAUUCAAAGAGAUGACCGGUCUGCUUACAGCUACACAUCAAACACACCUAGCUUGAGGUCUAACUAUAGUUUUACCGCAAGAAGUGGCUAUAGCGUUUGCACCACCACCACAUUGCCGAACUACAUGGCCAUCACUGAAUCAGCAAAGGCUAGAAUAAGGUCUCAUAGUGCACCGAGGCAACGACCUUUGACACCUGAGAAAGACCGUGCCGGGUCAGCUAGGAAACGGCUUUCAUAUCCGGUUCCAGUGCAGCCACCAGUGGAUUAUGGUGAUAGUAACAGUCAGAGUUUAAGGAGUCCGAGUCUGAAGAGUAUCGGUGGUUCACAGUUGGGUGCAUUGGAGCAACAGUCAAACUACUCUUCUUGCUAUACCGAGUCUGUUGGUGGUGGUGGAGAGAUCUCACCUGCUUCUACUAGUGAUAGAAGAUGGUUAAGAUGA